AUGCUUAGAUACAGUGUUGUUUUAGUUUCACUUAACUUUUUACUUCUUGUCUUGGGAUUACCUGUACAAGACAAUACGAGUCUAAUACAAGGUACAUUAUCAAAUGAGUUGAUGAGUUUAAGUAAUAGUUGUGAAAACGUGUUUCUGGCCGAAUCAGUUAGAAGUAAACUACAAUAUUGCAAUAUAUCAGUGCCGAAGUAUAAACAAACCGAUCUCGAAUGUAUUAUGUUUUACGAAAUAAACUACCAGUUGUGUGCCGCUCUCGGUCGAUCAACUAUUGACCUACAACAGAGUUUUACUAAGUAUAUGAACGGAACUCAAGAUGUCAUGACUUUAUGUAAUGAUGCAAAAUCUUGGAAGUCUGCAACACCAAAAUACAAAACAGUCUUGGACAAAAUAUUUUCAACUAGAGCAGCUUGUGUAAAAGUGUGCACUGUAGAUGAUCUCCUUAGUGAAGAUGCAAACUUUUUCUGCAAAUAUUUCAAAUGGGGUUCGGGAAUACUAUCACAAUUUGUCAACCCUGUUAACAAGGUUCAGAAUACAAAUGCUGAAAAACCUAUAGCAACCUCAGACAUAUCUACAGCAACCAGUAAUGUAGUGCCUUCACAAAACUCAAAUGCAGAUCUACAACACAAAGACCAGCCGGCCACAUCUGCUAAAGUGGAGACUGCGAAGGUUGACAAUUUGCAAGAAACAACAAGAAAAACUCUUCCAAAGGUAUCUUUAUCAACACAAGAAACGGAUGUUAUAAAACCCGUAAACAUUGGAGAAAAAGUUCAACCAAAUACAUUGACUUCUAAGAGUGAACCAAUAGUGCCUGUAGAAGAGCAGCCAACUCUAAAGGAAGAUGUUAAAGAGUCAAAACAAAAUGAUCUGAAACCUCCAGUGGAAAACACAAAACAGAAACUUGAUCCAGAGCUGGAUGAUGACCCUGAUACUGAAUUUGGGAAUGAUCUUGAUCCAGAUGAUGAGCCAUUAUCUGACCAAGAUAACUUGAAUGACGCCAAUGGCCUUCUUGAUGCCGAUCCUAAAAUUGACAAGGAACCUUUAAAAGAAAAUUCUAAUAUCAACAAGCUGCCUCUUACUUCGUUUAAUGUGGAUACUCCUCAAAGAGAAAUCAUAUACCCUAACUCGAUCCAGGAUACAUUUGCCGAUGAUGAUGACCACUUCUUCCCUUUCUUCUUAACGACAAUUGUGUUUGUUGUUCUAUUAUAUAUUCUUUAUCACAACAAAAGCAAGGUUACUAAAUUGAUUCUGGGUAUAAUAGUGGAGGGUAGACAGACAAAUCGCAGGCGAAACAGUCGAGGACACGCGUACCGGCGGUUGGACACUCUAGAACAAGCUAUGAGCACAAAUAGCACUGCGCCGCCGAGUAAAAUUAUAUACUAA